AUGAAAAGUGUUGGAAAUAUAAACACAUCUAACCCUAAUAGAUCAUAUUCAACAGCUUCUUCUUCAAAUGUUACAAGAAGGGGAGCAAAAUGCUUUUGUGGUUAUCAUACAGUUCUAUUGACUUGUAAACAGAGACCAACUGCGGGUAGACAAUUCUGGAGAUGUCCACUUUGGAUGACACAACAAAAAUGUCGCAAGUUUAUUUGGCUUGAUGAAAGUGGAUACGAAAACAUUAACGAGGAUGAAGAUCUCCAGACUCGAAGUGAUGUUGGUGUUGUUGAUCUAGUGAAAGAACUUGUGGAAGAUGCACACAAGAAUAAAGAGAAAACUAAGAAUAAUAAGAAGAAGCUUAAUCUGAUGAAAAAGAGGGGAAAUAUACUGCUGGCGUUGUUACUAAUCAUGUCUUUAUAA